AAAAAUAGAAUUGCAGUGUAAACAAAAACAGACCAAUUUCCCGUGUUGUGUUCAGUUUUUUCCACGAAAAUUUGAUUUAAAACACUUUAAAAUUCACCUUAAAUAAUUGUUCCUGGUGUUUUCAAUGGCAGAAUAUAGUGGAGUAAAAUCUAGCAAGUUGGUUUUAAAGGGAGAAAGCUCCAGGGAAUCUAAACGGAAGCACAAGAAACACAAGAAGGAUAAAGAUUCCUCUUCCAAGCGAUCUCGGGUAGAAAUAGACCAGGAUUCUCAAAAGCACGGUGGCUGGUGGAAAAUAUCAAAAGUUGCCGAAAUAACAGGCUCGAUUGCUAUCCAGUUUGGGAAGCGAUCCUACAUUAAAGCCCUGGACAAUGGCCUGUUUACAUUGGGGGCACCUCAUGACGAAGGAGACGGACCAGAUCCAGAGGAAAUCUUCACAGCAGUGUUGAUUAACGAAGAGAAGGUAGCCUUCAAAUCGGGUUACGGUAAAUAUCUUAAAGCGGAAAAGGAUGGUAUGCUGACUGGACGUUCAGAUGCCGUCUCGGCUUUGGAACAGUUCGAACCGGUUUUCGAGGAAGCCAAGAUGGCUCUGUUGGCUGCGAACGGUUGCUUCGUAUCGGUUGAUCCAGAGGACGAUGCUCUGGUGGCGAUAAAGAAAAAAGUCGGUGAAAACGAAAUCUGUGUCAUUCGAAGCUGUGCGGUCAGGGAACAGAAGAGUUCCAAAUCUGUCCCCGUUGAGGAAGAAGGCGACCUCGGUCAGGUGGAGAUAAACUACGUGAAAAAGUUCCAGAAAUUCCAAGACAAAAAAUUGCGAGUAAACACGGAAGACACAACCGAACUGAGACGAGCCCGUGAGGAAGGUGCUCUCCAUGAAGCCCUUCUAGACCGUAGAAGUAAAAUGAAGGCGGAUCGAUAUUGCAAAUAAGUGAUAGAUAACACAUAUCUACUCCUAAAAAAUUAAAAUAAAACAACAUACAGAUAA